UUAUCCACACACAUUCGUGUCGGUCGUUGCGGUUCUUGGCAUAGUCAUUUGUAGAACGCGCAAAUCAAACUGUAAAAGGGAAACCGAAAAUGUCGAAUACACACUAGAAGCAGAAAAAAUCCAACGCAAUUUCAUCAAUGCAGCGCGCGCGUCCAUCAUACAUAUGUAUUAAUUAUUAAAUGAAAAGUGAUUUUUGUUGUACAUGGCGUGCGUCAGUCAGCGAAAGAGCCAGAGUCACGUAGCAUAAAAAAGAAGCAGGCCAUCAAAAGAAAAAGUUACAUGUGGGUAUAGUGGCGAAUAUGAUUUGAAAGAGAUGAGCAUAAAGAAGACAUCGCGCGACAACGAAGACGACGAUUAAAACACACACAAAGCGCGACACAAAUAACAAAUACAAAAAAAAAGCAGAAAAAUAGUGCUUGAAAAAAGCCGGAACGACACAAAUGAAUGGGCCUCAACACUCGUACGCUGCCAAACUACAUAUAUACAUGUGCACACAUAUGCAUACAAAACACACGCAUACACUUGCGCCAACAACACCACCACCACCACAAUUACAACACAAUAACAACAAGAGCAACAUACACAUAACGCAACAUCAAUUUGUUUGAAAUCAAAAACUUGGCCCAACUACAAUAAAACAGCAAGAAGCGCAGCAUUUUAGUAUUGUGCGCAGCGCUAGCGGGCUACAUAUGUAAUUCCAUUUAUUGCUACAAAAGCAACAACUGCAACUGCAACCGCAGCAGGCAACUUAAAUUUUAAGAUUAUAAACAAACAACAAAAAACCAGCUAAUUGUAAGACUUUAGUUAGUAAUUAAGCAUAGUAACAGCAUGUGGAAUUCCGAACCAACACAUCGCCAGCAGCAGCAGCAGCAACAACAGCAGCAGCAACAACAACAACAACAAUAUAAUGGCAACACUACCUCGGCGGGGGUCGGCGGGCAGCCUGCCAAACAAUUGGGCAUGACAUCGGCCAUUAGCCUGGCCGAGCCUCGUGCCGAGGAUCUGCAGCGCACAGAGGAGCUUAGCAAAUCUCUGGAGCCGUACAAUGUCUUUGAGAGCCAGGAUGAGCUGAAUCAUCGCAUGGAAAUAUUGGCCAAGCUGAAUACGCUGGUCAAGCAGUGGGUCAAGGAGAUAUCCGUUAGCAAGAAUAUGCCCGAGGCGGCCGCCGAGAAAUUGGGCGGCAAAAUCUACACAUUCGGCUCAUAUCGCCUUGGCGUGCAUCAUAAGGGGGCGGAUAUCGAUGCGCUGUGCGUGGCGCCGCGUAAUAUUGAGCGUACCGAUUAUUUUCAGAGCUUCUUUGAGGUCUUGAAGAAACAGCCCGAGGUCACCGAAUGCCGUUCCGUCGAGGAAGCUUUCGUGCCGGUCAUCAAAAUGAAUUUCGAUGGCAUCGAAAUUGAUUUACUAUUUGCGCGGCUUUCGCUCAAGGAAAUACCCGAUGAUUUUGAUCUGCGCGAUGAUAAUCUGCUCAAGAAUCUGGAUCCUCGUUCGGUGCGAAGCCUGAACGGCUGUCGUGUCACCGACGAGAUACUAGCCCUGGUGCCCAAUAUUGAGAACUUUCGCCUGGCGUUGCGCACCAUCAAAUUGUGGGCAAAGAAGCAUGGCAUCUAUUCAAAUUCGCUGGGCUAUUUUGGCGGCGUCACCUGGGCUAUGCUGGUGGCACGCACGUGCCAGCUGUAUCCAAAUGCUGCCGCCGCAACGCUGGUGCAUAAGUUCUUUUUGGUCUUCUCACGCUGGAAGUGGCCCAAUCCGGUAUUGCUUAAGCAUCCCGAUAAUGUCAAUCUACGAUUUCAGGUCUGGGAUCCGCGUGUUAAUGCCUCGGAUCGUUAUCAUUUGAUGCCGAUUAUAACGCCCGCAUAUCCACAACAAAACUCCACAUUCAAUGUGUCCGAGUCAACAAAGAAGGUCAUAUUGACCGAAUUCAAUCGCGGCAUGAGCAUCACGGAUGAGAUCAUGCUCGGUCGCGUCAGUUGGGAUCGCCUUUUCGAGGCGCCCAGUUUCUUUUACAGAUAUCGUCAUUUUAUCGUACUGCUCGUCAACUCACAGACAGCCGACGAUCAUUUGGAAUGGUGCGGUCUGGUCGAGUCCAAGGUGCGCCUGCUCAUUGGCAAUCUGGAGCGGAAUCCGCACAUUGUCCUGGCCCAUGUCAAUCCAAAAUGCUUUGAGCUGAAAAAGGGCGCUGCUAGCGCUAACAAUUCGCAGAAUAACAGCGGCAAUGAGGAAGAUUUGAAGCAGCAGCAGCAGCAGCCGGCACAAACCGGCGUCACCACGGCACCGUUCUGUUCGCUUUGGUUUAUUGGCCUGGAGUUCGAGCGUUCCGAGAACCUCAACAUUGACCUCACCGAGAGCAUACAAAACUUUACAGAGCAUGUGAUUAUGCAUGGCUUGAACAUCAAAAUGCUGAAGGAGGGCAUGGCCAUUGAUGCGCGCCAUUUGAAGCGCAAACAGCUGUCGCUCUACCUGGACGCAGACUUUCUCAAGCGCGAACGCAAGUCCAUGGAAAGUCACAACAAUUUCAACAAUACGUUGCUGGCGAAUCGCAAGCGUCUGUCCUCGGAGCUGGCGCAAUCACAGGAUCCGCUGCCGCCGGUUCAACAAACGGCAAGCAGCAAUCGUGGACGCGACAGCGGAGGUGUUAAGAGGCAACGUUUGAGUGAAUCGCUCAUUGAGGACAAUUCGAAUGCCUCUAGCGAUACGGGCGGCAUGACGCCGACCACACCCACAGCGGCGCAAAUGAAUGCGCCCAGUUUCAAGGCAACGAGCAAGAAUGGCUCGGAUAGCAGCAACUGUGUGGACAACACGGAGCAGGCAGCAGCAGCAGCGUCCGUGCCGCAUAAUAAUGGCAGCAGCAGCAACAACAAUGCUAGCAGCAACAAUAACAACAACAGCAGCACGACGACAGCUGAGGUAGCCUGCUCGUGACAACCGCCAAUGCCACAAGCACAGCAUCAGCAGCAGCAUCAGCAGCCACAGCAGCCACAACAGCAACAGCAGCCGCCGUCGCUGCCGCCACCGCCACCGUCUCAUCAUCAUCAUAAAUUUCGCAAGAACAACAAUGCGGCCGCGGCGGCUGCCUCCAAUAGCAUUUUUAACCAGCGUUCAAUACUGCAUGCGGCUUCUAGUCUUACGGCCGCUCUAAGCAUAACGGGACACAAGCGCAAGCAGCCAGCAACAACAACAACAACAACAGCAGCAGGAGCAGCAACAACAACAGUUGUUGCCAGCAACAGUAGUAAAAAUGGCAGCGGCAACAACACAACUACUUUAUGCUACUACAUUGAUGACGAUGAUGAUAACAACCAACAGCAUCAGCAGCAACUGCAACAGCAACCACCUACCACCCAAAAACCACAACAGAAACAACCACAACAGCAACAACAACAACCAGCGCAUGUCGCUGCUGCUAGAGCCAUGCCAGCAACAGCAGCAACAACAACAACUGCAGCAGCAGCCGCAACAGCGGCAACGACAAUUUCUUUGUAAAAAGCUAUUACAUGUACCAUUAAGGCUUAGUUUUCAUAGUUAACCUACCCAUUGAUUUUCCCUGGCAUUUUGAUGUCACAAAACUGAAUGGAAGCCCCUAUAUUUUAUACAAAACGGUUUCCAUUUUAAAGCUGAAGAGUUUUGUUUUUACUUUUAGCCCUCAACGCAAGUGCGUUGGGCAUAUGCAUACAUACCAUAGAAAACGGACAACAACAACAACAA